CUAGCAUUCCGCUGUAGACUACAACAGAGAUAAGCCAACUUGCUUCUUCAUCUCCCCAGAACAAUCAAGUAUGCCUAUCUCCAUCCAGUUUCUCCGGGACCACCCCGAACAGGUGCGUGCCUCGGAAAACGGGAGAAAUUAUAACCGGCACAACAACAAUAUGCAAGAAAAAAAGUGUGUAAGAGCAACUCUGUAAUGCAGAACAUCCAACAGACUUACACUUGUCAUGCCAGACAGCCAUGAAGUCCUCUUUUCACUUGUGUUUUCCCUUACAAGCCACGCAUGACAGGUUUUCUCUGUCAUGCAGAGCAACUUUGUGAUGCUGUCAGCCAACGAAAGUUACGCUAUCACAGUUUUUUUCUUGGAUAAACAAGAAAACUACGGGAGAACUUGUCGAGCAAGAUUUCGUUUCCCAAACGUUAUAUCAUGACGCGCAGUGGCGGCCGUUGGCACGGAAAAAGGACGAUCUGAAGCACCGGGCGAACGAGCUGCAAAAGGAAAUUGCGAAGUUGAAAAAGAUGAACAAGAAGAGCAUAGUUGUGAACGGGAAGGAUGUUCUUGGUGGUACUAUAAAAACAGCAGGAACAACUUCUACAAGUGAAGAUGCUGGUUCAACAAGUGGUCCACCUCUCGAUGGUGCAAGAAUUUUUACAUCUUCCUCAUCAGCCGUUCUUGAUUGCUCUCAACAAGACCAUCAUGUGGAUGAAGUACUAGUAGGCCUUGACGUCGACGUAAGAAUCCAGGAGCGGAAGAAGGUGGUGGAGGAAAUUGAAGCGACAACAAAAGCAGAACAGGACGCGAAGGAAAACAGGGACUUCUACCUACACAAAAUCGGAAACAUCCUACACGAAGACGUGCCGAUCGGAAGGAGGAAAGCGGCGGUUUCGACAGAAAUAAAUAGUAAACCAGAACAAGCCGUCGUAGUAGAGGACUCUGUCGAGUUGUACCGGACUGACUGCAGCGAGGUCCGGCGAACCAGGAUUCGUGAAGUCGUGACAAGUUCUUGCACGACCAGGGGCCUCAUUGCAGAACAAGAUAAUGACCGCGAGAAGAUAGUAGAACCUCUUGUCGAGGAGGUGUCUUCUAUUACUAAGGCCACAGAUCAUAUUUUCAAACCUGAUGCUCUUCUGCCCCACUACGAGCUUCUGCGCAAGUUUAAAAUGGUGGACCACGUGCGGGGGGCGAAGGUUGCCGGCAGCCGGGCCUACUUCUUGACCGGACUGGGGGUGAAGUUCAACUUCGCACUGCAGCAGUACGCCAUUCAGUUUCUCACCGACAAGCAAAAGUUUGGCCGGGAUUACCAAUUGCUAGCGCCGCCGCUCUACAUGCGCGGCGAUUUGAUGGCACAGACGGCAGAACUGGAGGAUUUUGACGACCAGCUUUACAAAAUGACCACAGGAACGACAAACACUAGUACUGCUACCGCAAGUAUCGCAAGAAAAAACUGUUUCGCUGUGAACUUGUGAUGCAGAAAAUGGAACACAGAACUAUUUGUCUUGCUACACCUGCAACACAUUGCAUUUUUAAGGAUGUUUUCCCUUGGGAAGCGCGCAUGACAGACUUUCGGCGUCAUGUGUAACAAACUUGUGAUGCAGAUCUAGCAAAAUCAUCACAGUGAAACAGUUUUUUCCUGCUACCGCAAGCAGCAGCAGUACGGCGAAUGUUCCAAAGAUAAAGAAGAACGACGCGGUACACGACGAACAAGCAGGAGCACCAGAAAAUAACCCAGGAGCGGAUAACGCCGGUAGGAGCGACCCUUUGGGCGGUCGUUCUUUCACCCCCUCCGCCAGAGGAGGACCACCUGCUGGUGCAGCAACAGCUCCUGCUACAACAACAUCUUCACAUCAGGACCACCAAUCAUCUUACCUGAUUGCCACGAGUGAACAGCCGUUGUCGGCUUUCUACGCCAAUGAGCACAUCGACUCUGCAGACCUGCCGAUUCGGCUCGCGGGGGUGUCCACUUGUUUCCGCCGGGAGCAGGCUAGUCACGGCUACGACGUCAAGGGCCUGUUUCGGUUGAAUCAGUUCGACAAAGUCGAACAGUUCGGGAUUUGCCAAGCGACGUGGUCAACUACUAGCUGUGCACCAACGACGAGCAUCAGUAGUAAAACUAAAGGCGAGCAAGCGCAGCAGAGGAACAUGAAUCAGAAACAGCUGCCACCUCCCUCUUCGCCCUCAGAACAGCUCUUGCAAGAAUUUCUGCAGACGAGUGAGGAGUUCUACCGCUCGCUCGGAUUGGAUUACCGCAUAGUGGAAAUCGUUUCUGGUGCUAUGAACAACGCGGCCAGCCACAAAUUUGACCUCGAGGCCGCCUUUCCGGGGUCUGCCGCGGUUAUGGGUCGUGCUGAAAGUUAUCAAACAAAAAAAGUUCGUUACGAUCACUCAUGCGCAUUUUUGCAAUACAAAACUUUCUGUCAUGCGUAAAAAUGCAUCACAUCCAAACUUCCUGAGGGAUUUCCCUAGUGUUUCUGCAAUACAGGGGAAAGUUGUGAUGCUAAAAAAAUUUGUAAUGCAAAGCCCGCAAGUUAGUGACAGUGACAAACUUUUUUCUCUCCAUAGAAAUGUAGCAACCGGUAGUGCGGACCAGUACGAUAAAAAGCAUCAUCUUUACCGCGAACUCGUUUCGUGCUCUAACUGUACCGACUACCAGAGCCGAGCGCUGAAUGUCACCACAACAGUGAUCUUCCAAAAUCACGAGCAGGAAGCUAGUCUUGUCGGGCCGCAGGAGGAUUGUUCUGGUGGUUCUUCAGCAACGGAAAGAAGAGAAGUAGAGGCGAAAGAGAACAAAGAGAAGCACGGUCUUCAAAAGGACAAUAUUCAUCAAGGUAGUUCAAAUGAUGGUGUUGAUCACGUCCACGGCAGCGCUGAGAAGAUUAUAAAGCCGGGGAAUAAAAAGAUAAAUUCGUCAAAUCCAGCACCUGCGAACAACAAAAAGCCGAAGAAGGAGAAGCAAUUUGUGCAUUUUGUAAAUGCGACGCUGUGCGCCACACAGCGGACGUUGUGCUGUUUGUUGGAAAAUUACCAAACGAAAGACGGCGUUGUAUCGUAAGGAAAAAUCCCCCCUCCCCAUAUUGAAAACAUGUCCUUCCGAAAAUUUGUAAUGCAGAUUUGUGACCACAAAUCCUGUCUGUCUUGCCAGAAGGCAAAUCCAGAGAGUCCGCCGCGAUAUGGAGGCGGUUUGUAAUGCUGCAAGGCCUACAGGGUAGACGUCUGCCAUGCUAGGCCCCUACACCAAAAGGCCUUCCCUUAGGCUUGCUGUCUGCGUGCAAUGCUUUCCUGCAGUACAAAGCUGAUUUGUGUACUCAAAUCCAGCAUCAGAAAUUUCGUUUUGAUAUGGUGAGGGGGGAUUUUUCCUUUUGAUACGUUGUAGUGCCGGAAGUGCUGAAGCCGUAUCUGGACGGAAAAGACUUCUUUCCGUUUGCAGUGCCAUGAGUUACUACGAAGAUGAAAAGUAUACAUAGCAGGAGGAAAACCAAAACGCAAUAAAGUCACCGGACGUUUUUGCUCCGCAGGUAGGAAACGUCACUCAAAAGUCUUACGCUGUCUUUCCUGUGGUGGGGUGAUAAAGCGCAUUUUUCCCCAAAAUCGUGUAUAAUAGAAACAAUUGAAAUGGAA